AUGGCCUGGGGUAUCGGCGCCAACGAUGUUGCCAACGCCUUUGCCACCUCCGUCGGUGCCGGCUCUCUUACCCUCAAGUGGGCUGUCGUCAUUGCAGCCAUCUUUGAGUUCCUUGGCGCCCUGCUCCUUGGAGGACAGGUCACCGAUACAGUCAGGAAGAAGAUUAUCGACCAAAAUGUCUUCGACCCCGUCGCUUUUGAUGGCGGGAGGGUCGGCGCUGCUAACGGUCCAGAGCUUCUCAUGACUGGUUUCCUUACUGCACUAUUUUCUGCCACUAUCUGGCUGAUUCUCGCAACCUACUAUGCGUUACCGGUGUCCACCACCCAUUCUAUCAUCGGCUCUUUGGUCGGUGUCGGUCUCGCUUACCGUGGCUCCAGUGCAGUGGUCUGGAUCUCUGAUGGAGCGGGCAUAGAAAAACUCAAAGGUCUUGUCGGGGUAAUCUUGUCUUGGGUUUUAUCGCCCGUCAUUUCCGCUGUUAUUGCUGUACUCUUUUUCCUGAUUGUCCGCACAGUUGUGCUGAGACGUGCUAACCCUUACAAGAAUGGUAUUCUUUUCAUGCCUGUCUUCUACGGGUUUGCAGUUGCUCUUGCUGUCUUCUUCAUCGUGUACAAGGGUGACAAGCGCUUCAAGUUGGACGAGAAGCUCGGACUAGGUGGGUCCAUAGGAGUUGCGUUAGGUUCAGGGUCAGUUGUCGCCUUGAUAUCCUGGUUCACUAUCGUGCCACUUGCCAAGGCCGCCACUGAACGUUGGGAGGCCCAUGAGAUGGAGAAGCUAAAGAACCCAGAGAUUGCGAAAGAAGCUGCCGGAAAGGCUCAGAAGGUCAACGACGCACUUGCCAAGGUUGGAGUGCGUGUCCAUGUUGAGGAAGAACUGGACGAUGAUGUUGUCCGUAUGCAUAACAGUGCUGAGAAAUUUGAUGAGAAGGCUGAGCGUCUUUUCACUUGGAUUCAAGUGUUCACAGCCGCAUUUGAUGCCUUCGCACAUGGAGCUAACGAUGUAGCCAAUGCCAUCGCGCCUUUCACCUCUAUCUUUCAACUCUAUAAAAACAACGGAGUCCUUUCUGCCAGACAGAUCAACGAAUUUGAGAGCAGUGGUCAGUACAGAGGGGGGGAGCGGGACGGUCAAUCAUUUGAGGAAGGGGACCAAAUCCCGGAUCAUGAGACCUUCUGCGGUACGAACGGCGAGGAUGAAUACUUCAGGUGUGUUAGCCUAGGGGAUGACAACUACCCAGACCUCACUCCGAACGCUGAUUCGGGGCCAGGGAGUAACUUCGAUGUAUAUGACGAAACGGGUCAACAUGACGGAGGGGAAAAGCAGCAGUGCUUUCAGACCUGCAGUCCAAAUUCAUACUCAGCCUACGACAAGGAGAAGCAGACCGUUCCGUUGUGGAUUCUGGCGUUGGGCGGUGUUGGAAUCGUACUUGGUUUAUCCAUGUGGGGUUACCGCAUUAUUGUUGCCAUCGGCGUGAAGCUUACGAAGCUGACCCCGUCACGGGGAUUCUCAAUUGAGAUCGGAGCUGCAAUCACCGUGCUGAUUGCGUCCCAAAUUGGACUACCCGUCUCUACUACUCAUUGUCAAGUCGGUGCCACAAUGGGUGUUGGUCUUGUCGAGUUCAAGGCCUCCACAGUGAACUGGAAGCAAUUUAUGUUUAUUUGCCUGGGGUGGGUGUUCACUGUCAUAUUUACCGGCUUCGUCUCAGCUAUUAUAUUCUUAGUUGUCACCAACACUCCGGUGAACUUCGCUGUACCGCAAGGAGCAGAGAACGAGAAUUUGACGCACUGUCCCGGAAACAGACUAUUUGUUUUUGACACCGCAGAUCAGCAGUUUAGAGGUAUAUCCUGCUCCGGUGUAAAUCGCACAUAAGUGCCUGAGGGCAUUUGAGGGAAUUUGGAAUAUAGAUCAUGUGUGGAAUAUGUAGAUGUACUGAACGUGACAAUAUACAGAAAUAAAAGUAAGAAGUGAAACAUAUUUUU